GAUUUUACCAUCCCGGAGUACCACUCAAGAUUAGAACGUCUAAAAUACCUCACUCUGUUUCCUGUUCGGCCCGUUUCAAUGUUUGAAACUGUUCUUCAGAGGGGAAGAGAUGUGUGGAAACACAUUACGUUUUCAGAACCUCUUUAUAAGUUGUUUGGAAAGCGGCUGCUGCAGGCUGGGAGACACAUCAUGUCUCAUAAGUCUUGGAUGAAGACGGUGCCCACGGAGAAUUGUGAUGUCCUCAUGACAUUUGCAGACACUAUAGAUGACCACACGUUGCUAUGGCUACUGAACCACAUCCGGCUAGGAAUCCCAGAGCUCAUCAUCCAAAUCCGACAUCACAAGCACACGCGAGUCUACGCGUUCUUCGUCACCGCUACGUAUGAAAAUUUGUUGCGAGGUGCUGAGGAGAUGGGACUGAGGAAAGCUGUGAAGCACGAGUUUGGAGGAGGAACCCGAAACUUUUCCUGUGAGGAGGACUACAUCUACGAGAACAUCGAGAGUGAGCUGUGUUUCUUUACCUCACAAGAGAGGCAGAGCAUCAUUAAAUAUUGGAUGGACAAUUUACGUGCCAAACAUGGGGAGGUGCUGCAUAAUAUCAACUUCCUGGAGGGUCAGCCAAUCAUCCCGGAGCUGAGUGCGCGAGGUGUGAUCCAGCAGGUGUUUCCUCUUCAUGAGCAGAGGAUCCUCAGUCAGCUGAUGAAGUCCUGGGUCCAGGCUGUUUGUGAGAAACAGCCUUUAGAUGAUAUCUGUGACUAUUUUGGGGUGAAGAUUGCCAUGUAUUUUGCCUGGCUGGGAUUUUACACCACUUCCAUGUUGUAUCCUGCUGUGAUCGGAUUUGUGUUGUGGAUGCUCACUGAGUCUGAUCAGACGAGUCGUGACAUCUGCUGCGUGGUGUUUGCACUGUUCAACGUGGUGUGGGCCACUCUGUUUCUGGAGCGGUGGAAGAGGAGGGGGGCUGAGCUGGCAUUCAAGUGGGGAACACUGGAUACGCCAUCCGAAUCGCUGGAGGAACCACGGCCUCAGUUCCGGGGAGUCAAGCGCUGCAGUCCCAUAACAGGAUGUGAGGAGUUCUACUAUCCUCCAUGGCGGAGGCGUGUGUUCAGGUGGCUGGUCAGCCUGCCCAUCUGUAUCCUCUGUCUCUGCUUUGUCUUCCUGGUCAUGCUCAUCUGCUUUGAGCUGCAGGAGUUUGUGAUGGGGAUCAAGGAAAUGCCCCGGCUAGCUCGCUUUAUCCCAAAAAUCAUGCUAGCUAUCACUGUGACUGCAUGUGACGAGGUGUACAGGAAAAUCGCCUGCUGGCUCAAUGACAUGGAAAACUAUAGACUCCAGAGUGCCUAUGAGAAAAAUCUCAUCAUCAAAAUGGUUCUUUUUCAGUUUGUAAAUUCUUAUCUCAGCCUUUUUUACAUUGGAUUCUACCUCAAAGACAUGGAGCGCCUGAAAGAGAUGCUGGCCACUCUGCUCAUAAUACGGCAGUUUCUCCAAAAUGUGAAGGAGGUGCUGCAGCCUUACCUGUAUGAGCGCCACAAGCUGGGCGAGCUCACACUGCGAGCGCUGUGGGACCUGCUGAUCUCAGUGCUGCUGAAAUACGCCCGCCUAGCAGCUGGGAAAGCCCAGGUCUCUCCCACCGACCACGCCAUGCCAGGACCUGGACUGAGGGGCACCAGGCCUGGGUUUAGGCAUCUAGAUAGAAGGGAAAAGAAGUGUUUAAAUGGAGGAUGCGGGGUGCCUGAUGAAGAAGAGGGAGGUGAGAAGGACGAGGCCGACAGCGGGAGGUUCAGUGAGGGAGAGACGGAGGAAGAAAGUCUGCUCGACUGCGGUUUGAAGCUGAGGAAAGUCAGCUUCAUAGAGAAGGUGGACAGAAGGCCAGUCUGCAGUGGGCCCCCCAUAGACCACAGUUACAUGGACGAGGGGAGCCCCACUAUGGUGGAGAAAGGAAUGGACCCUUCCUCUGUAUUUGAGAUGUGUGACGAUGACGAUGAUAAUGGCAUCCACGAUGUGAAGGAGUCGGGUGGCGGAGCUAGAGGUGUGGCUGAGAGAAAUAAUGCUGCUGCUGCCGGCGCCGCCCCGCUGCAUUCUGGGUCUGAGAGCAGGACAUCAGUGCGACAUAGAAGAAGAGGCAGGAGCAUAGAGAGACUUGAGCCUAAGACAAAACGGGAAUCAUGGAUCGACCCCCCUGAAAUGAGAGAGAGCAACACGCUUACUCAGGCUGAGAUGGAGAGCUGCAUGCAGAACUAUUCUGACACCUUUCAGGACUACCAAGAGAUGUUUGUCCAGUUUGGCUACGUGGUGCUCUUCUCCUCAGCCUUCCCUCUGGCUGCCAUGUGCGCUCUCAUCAACAACAUCAUUGAGAUCCGAAGUGAUGCCUUUAAGCUCUGCACCGGUCUGCAGCGGCCGUUUGGACUCAGAGUGGAGAGCAUCGGCCAGUGGCAGACUGUGAUGGAAGCCAUGGGCUUGAUUGCCAUCAUAGUGAACUGUUACUUGAUUGGUCAGUGUGGUCAGCUACAGCGUCUGUUUCCAUGGCUCAGCCCCGAGAUGGCCAUAAUCUCCAUCGUCAUCCUCGAGCACUUUGCCAUCCUCCUGAAGUAUGUCAUCCAUGUGGCCAUCCCUGACAUUCCUACAUGGGUCACAGAAGAGAUGGCUAAACUGGAUUAUCAGCGCAGGGAAGCCUUCAAGAAGCAUGAGCGACAGGCGCAGCAGCAUUACCAGCAGCUGCAGAGGAGGAAGAGGGAGGAGGAGGAGAGGCAAAGGCAGGCAGAACAUAUGGCCCGCAGGGAAAGGGAGAGGGACGAGAGCAAGGGCGACUCCUCUGGGGAUCACCACCACGAUAAAAGUCACAGCAGUAAAUCACGUUCUGGAGGAGGGUCCGGCAGCGGCUCGGACAAACCCAAGAGGCCCAGCUCUCUGUUGGCCAACAACAACGUGAUGAAGCUGAAACAGAUCAUCCCGCUGCAGAGCAAGUUCUCCUCGAGUGGCGCUCGCUCACCUCAGUCACCCACUGGAACUGAGCCCAAGCUGCCCGGGUUCCUGAGUUUCAAAUUCCUCAAAUCACCUGAGAGUAAGAAGGAAGCUUCUGCAGCUUCUGCCGCUGCAACCACAGCAGCAAAUGCCACAGCAUCAUCUUCAUCAUCAGGUAGCAGCUCUCAGGAGCGUUCUCAGUCACCCAGCAAAGCCUUCAACCCUGGGAAACUGUUUAACUUUGGGAAAUCUGAGGGGGGGACCUGUGUGAACGGGGCUGUGCUGCUCAGACCCGGGGAAGGAUCAUCCUCACAGGCGUCAGACAGACAGCCAUCCAGGUCUGACUUGAACGGUGUUCCAGACGAGAUCCCCUCGCCUGGGGGGGAAGGGUCAGAGAACGGACAUGCAACAGACUUGGACACGAGCAGCUCUAAAGUCUAUUAGCUCCGGAGAGAACAGACCUGGUCGCUGGUUACAUCUCCACAGCAGAAGUGAUGGGUUCACUGUGAGGAGACGCCUGACCUACCUUCUAUGCUAUCACACACUAUGUGUAGAGGUACUUGAAGCAGAGAGAGGACAAAAUGAAAUGGAUGAUAGUUGAUUUGUUUAGGUUUUCUUUUUUGAGGAGGAAAAAAAGAAAGGCUUUAUAGAAAGACAUAAGCCCUCUUAUCAUGAUUAAAUAAACACACACAAACACACACACCCUACACAGACAUACAAAUCCUUCCUUGUCUGCAAUACAUAAAGAAAUGCAUGUGCUGCGUUUCUAAUAUUUUUAAGCCUUUAAAGCGAGGAGCUGUGUUUCUUGAUUUCUUCUAGUCAUGAAUUGUAAGGAUCUGGUUGACCUCUCACUAGGACAUAAUAGCCCGUUGAAGGAAAAAAUAUAUUAAAAUAUCAAAAGUGGUACGAAAGGAUUACAGAUUGUACUUCAAAUAACUUCUGAGAGUGUUUGUAGCCGUCACAACACAAGUGACCAUUAGCUUUUGUCUGAUUUUUAACUGUGAGGAAUUCUUGGGCCCUUCACUUUUAUAUUGAAGUGAAAAAAAUGGAAAAGCAAUAUUGGUCAAUUAUAAAUAUUAUCAUCAAUUAUCA